CAAAGGACUACAAAGGACUAUUAAAAUGUACCGUUUUACUGUUCUCAUCUUCGUGGCUUCAGUCUCAGCCUACGUCAUCAUAGACUCUAAGUGUCCUGAAGUUACAAACGUAGACAACUUUGAUUUUAAGUCUUAUGGCCAUGGCGUUUGGUACGAAAUCGCGAGAUAUCCCGAUGACUUAGUGAAGACCAGCAAAUGUGGGGCCCUCGAAUACAAGCAGGAAGGUGACGUCACGAAAUCGAGGUACACCUACGUCGACAACAAUAAACUUAUGGCCAUCGAGGGUACCGCCAGACUCGCCCCAGAUGCUGGAACCACCGGAAAAUUGAUCCAAAAACUUCAUUUUGGAGAGAACGGCGCUCUCGUCGAAAGUGAUCUAAGCGUCCUGACUAUUGACUACGACAACUUUUUCAUAGACUACUACUGUCAAUACGAUGAAGUUAAGAAGAACUCCCGAGGUAAAUAG